AAAAAAAGUUAGGUCCUAUUCUUUGAUUGAGCUUUGUCCUUCAAACGCACAAAAAUUCCGGAGGGUUGAAGUUUCUCGUAUCAAGACCGUUUCCGAACGGAGAAUACGCGUCCCCCUCCAACAAAAAAAAAACAGAGCUUGAACAUUUUUUUGACCAAUUCUCCUCUCGAUAAGCUGCUGCAAUUUGGGUCUUCUUUCCUUUGCUGGAGUUCUAGUCUUUGCUACUGCACUAUGCUAGAAGUAUCACCAAGAUGCACCAUAAUGCUAGAGUCGAUGAUAUGUUCGCAAUGGUGACUUGGACAGAAAAUGAAGAAAAGUUUCUUAUUCAAAUGCUUCUCGACUUUCAGAAAAAAAAGAUGUUGCUUAGUGGUGUUGCUUAUGAUAAAAAUGUUCUACAAGAGAUUGCUUCUCUUCUAGUAAAGGCAUUUCAGAAACCUUUCUGCUAUAGGAAAAUCUUAAAAAAAUGUGAUUCAUUGAAAGCCACAUACAAUUUGUGGCAUACUGUUAACUAUUGGCCAGGGGUGACCUUCAAUGUUCGUGAAAAUACUUUUGAAGCAAACGCUUCAACUUGGGAUGCCAUCAUACAGGAGCACCCACAUGCAAAAAAGUUCAGGGAUGCACCUGAACCUAAGUGGUUCGAACUUUAUGGGAUUUUUGAUCCUAUGCGUGUAGCAGCUGAAGAGAAAAAGUUCAAUGACUCUUGCUACUUUAAAGAAACACCCAGACCUGAGGAGGAGGAGGACGAGGACGAAGGUGCAUAUGUGCGGGAUGAACAGUCAUUUGUCGCACCACCCGAGUAUCUUGUGCCACUACCCGGUUCAUCUAAAUAUGCGGGCAAAAGCGAAAUGGAAAUUUGGCAGGCCCAAUUUGAUGAGGAACUUGGCAUUGAAGUGUCAGCAAUGUCUUCUGUUGGUUCAUCGAUAUGGCCAUGAAUCAAACUAGCGUGGAUCUUUAUGUAUUCGACUAAGGUAUCAUAUGUAUGAAAUGAACGUCUUUAACCACAUUUUGUGAUUGCCUAACUUUAUGGCUAUCAAAUAUUUUGCUCAUCCGGAUUGGUAUGGUUGUAUUAGACGUCGUUGUAUGUAAUUACGCUUAUUUAGGAAGAUGAUGUUGUACCUAAAAAACCUAUUUCCAACAAUGUUUGGAUAUUUUGUUUAUGUUUGGC